AUGCAGUCCAUACGAUCUCUGCCGGUCCCGCGGGCGUGCCGCUGUGUGCGACCAGCACCUGCUCCUCGCUUUCCUGGAGGUCGGUCCCUGCCGAUAGCGCUCGGGAGACUGAGAGACCUUCAUACCUCUCCACCUCGAUCGAGCCAUGAGAACCCCCUCGGACUUCCUCGUCGGAAUGCUAAUCCUCCACCGACUAUGCCUCGCCGAGGUGCCCCACCCCAAAAGUCCCGUAUAAAAGGCGUGGAGAAGAUCAUUGUCGUCGCUUCGGGGAAAGGCGGCGUAGGGAAGUCUACCGUGGCCGCCAACCUCGCACUAUCGCUCCUGCACUCCCCGCCUGCUUCGAUGGGUCGAACUCCGAGGAUAGGGCUGCUGGAUCUGGAUAUCUUUGGGCCGAGCGUACCGAAGUUGAUGGGCCUGGAGGAUGCGGGCGCGCCCGAGCUGGGACCAGGGAACAAGCUCAUUCCGCUACAGAAUCACGGAGUGAAGACCAUGUCUAUCGGGUACCUCCUGCCUCCGAAUCCCGCACAUGACACCCCAGUAGCUUGGCGCGGAAUGAUGGUCAUGAAAGCCGUCCAGCAACUUCUAUUCGAUGUCGACUGGACCUCCUCGAAUGGAGAAGCACCGCUCGAUGCGCUGGUCAUUGACAUGCCGCCUGGGACUGGGGAUAUCCAGAUCAGUCUGGGCCAGCUCGUUUCCGUUGACGGCGCUGUAAUUGUCUCCACGCCACAGGAUGUUGCGCUGGUCGAUGCCAGAAAGGGAGUAGCAAUGUUCGAGAAGGUUGAUAUCCCGAUUAUUGGUCUCCUCCUCAACAUGUCCCACUACACCUGCACCUCCUGUUCCGUCCCCCACGAGCUCUUCGGCAGUUCCGCGAGCUUCGAGCGCGCAGCCUCUGAUCUACAAUUAGAUGUUCUGGGCAAGAUCCCACUCGUCACUCAGGUGAGCGAUGGCGGAGACGCAGGACGACCCGUCAUGGUUCAAAGCGGAAAGGAAGGCGGAGAGGUUCGUGAGACGAUGAAGAGUGUGGGAGAGGGCGUUUGGGAGUGGUUGGGCAGUAGAAAGACCGAUAGUGGACAAGUGGUAGGUACUAGGGGAUGA